UUAUUCUUUUUGUAGUAAUAAUUAUAAGCAUUUGAUAAUUAAGCUUUUUUUUAAUUAAUGUUGUAUUCGAUUGAAUAAUAAAUUAGAAGUUUUUUUUUUUAUAGAAAUACGAUAUUUUAUAUCGCGUAUAAUUUUUAAAAAUGUUAUUCUGCUAAAUAUGUAAAUCCAAACACCAUUAAUUGCUUAGAGAUGCGUUUGCGUAAAAUCAAUUUUAUGGAAGGAAAUAUCCUUCACGUAACUGUACGUAAACCACGAUUCUUUAAAUAUACAGUAACAUAAAAUAAUUUCUAUUUCCAUUAUGUUAAAUUUAUCAAAUUAAAUAACAAAAAUGGAUAAGAAUUGGGUAAUAAAUCAAAUGGAUAAUAAGGAAUUAAAACUUGUUCAUCAGUUCCUUAUAGAUCAUAAUUUCGAUAAUACUGCCGGUGCAUUAAUGGUAGAAGCAACAAUAAAAGGUUUUAAAUAUUUUAAAAAAGAUUUACAAUCCGAGAGCGAGAUUUAUGAAAAUUUGUGUAAAGAAUUGAUGAUAAAUUACAAAACAGGAAAUUUGAAGACAUUCUUUAAAUUAUGGAACAUAAUAGUACCUAAAGAUGCAAAACAAACAAAAGCUUAUAAAAUUUUAAUGUUACAUAUAUAUGUAUAUUUUGCAAUAUUACCUAAACAUAUAUUAAAAUCACAAUGGCAUAAAGAAAAUGAUAAAAUACAAAUAAAUAUAAAUAAUUCUAUGACAUCACUUAAUCCACAAGACUUUGAAUAUGAAGAGAAUUUUAUGACUGAAGUUGAAAAGAAUAUGAAUGAUAGUAUGGAAGAAUUACGCAAAUUUCUGAAUACAAUAGGUAAAGAAUUAGAAAACAUUACAGAAUUAAGACCUUAUUUUGCAUUACCUUUUAUGGAGGACCCAUAUGUAGAACCAUUUCUUUCUAAAAUAUUUGAAAAAAGUUGGUCAGACAAAUUGACAGAACAUUUACAGCUUUUCCUCGAAAAGUGCAAACAACAAUUUUUUAGUGAUCAAAAAUAUAGUGAAAAUUCCAACAAAUUUUCUUCAAAUUCAAUAUCUCUAAUAGAAGAUUCCAAAAAAGAUAUAACUACAAAAAAAACAAUUAGAAAUAUUAAUGUACCAAUCAUACCAAAUGAUAGAAAUAUUCCGAUAUUUCUAGAAGAUAAUAAAGUUGAAGAUCAAUGCAAUUUAUAUGAUAAUAUAAAAUUUAAUCAAAAGUCAAAAAGUAUACAGACUGUAUCAAUAAACUCUGAAGAAGAAAUUUAUUCAUCACAUUUUACAAAAAAAAAUAAAAAAUUAGUAGAGUGCACUCAAGAAUUGGCUAUAGCAAAAUCUCAAUUAUCUAAUGUUCAUUGUAAUUAUGAAAAAUUAAAAGUAAGAUUCCAUAAACUCCAUACUGAUUAUCAUAAAUUGAUGAGUAUUGCAAGAGUAUUAACAACAGCUUUAGAAGAUUCAGUAAAAGGAAUAGCAAUUGAUUUUCAAAUUAUGCUAGAAACUUGUAUAAAAAUUUUUCCAGAUUUGUUUAAUCAAAAUAUAAAAGACAGUUCACAUUGUUCCUCGGAAUUUUUAUUAGAUAAAUCAUCUAAUUCGGAAAUGAAACUUAUUGAAUAUUCAAAUUCGUACAAUAUGUUCAUUCCUCCAAAAUUAUUAGAUUUCAAAAAAAUUAAGUUACAUUUAAUUAAUGGAAGCAUCAAAACAAAAUUAUUUCUUUUGCAAGCAUUACGAAGGAAAAUAACAUUUAGUCAACCUGGAGAAAGAGAUGAAACGAUGCACGAAUAUAUAAGUAAAGAUUUAUUAGGACUUCAUAGUCAAAUCGCUAGUUACAAAGGCAAAUCCAUUCUGCCAUAUUUAUUAACUCCACAAAACGUUAUUAUACCACAUCCUCUACAGCAAUCAAUUACAAGAUUAUUGAACGCUUUAGCAUCGUUCAGAUGCGGCAGAGAUUAUUUAUCAUUUGAUUCUACUGUUGUUGAUAUGAUAUUUAAGUGUUUAAAUAGUAUUUCUGAUAAUAACAUAGAUACAAUAACUUGUAAUAUGAUAAUUGCAAUGCUACAAAAAUUAUCCUUACGCAAACAACAAAGAAUUUAUAUGAUAGAAAAUGGAUUAGUGGAAUGGUUGAUCCAUCAUUUACGUGAUCAAUGUCGUAUUAUGGAUUCCUAUCGAUUAGAAUACGCUACAGCUCUUUUGAUGAAUUUAUCCUUACAUCAAGCUGCUCAAGAAAGAGCAUCAGCUAUGGCAUCUCUACUUAUUUCAACUUUAAUUGAUUUGCUUUUAAUGGAUUAUGUAUCGACAUUACCAUAUAUUAAUGGAGCGUUAAAUAAUUUUUUAACGAAUUAUGUAAUUAAUGAAGAAGCAAAAAAACUCAAAUUUUCAUCUGUAAUAGAACAAUUCAGUAAAUAUAAAACUGGUGAAAUAAGGAAACAUUUGGAUUACAUUCUGAAAAUACAUAGAGGUGAAAUUACUAUUAAAAUGGAAGAUGAAGAAAUAGUAGAUAAUGAUAAUGAAGAAAUUGAUGUAUUGGAAAAUCAAUUGGAAGAAAACGAUCCAGUAAAAAAUAAUUAUGGAGAAUUAUGUGGAGAAUCAUUAUUAGAAUCGUGUUAUACAGUUUUACCAAAAAUAAUUAAAAAACCGGAAAUAAUUUCCAGUGCGCUAUCAUUUUUGCAAUUCCAAGCAGAAACAAUAGAAUCUGCUGUGCAUAAUAAUCAAAUUAAAAAUUUAUGUUCUGAACAUGAAGAAAUUUUACAAAGAAAAUUGUUAAACGAAAAGUAUGAUGAGAAAAAUAAAAAUAAUAUUAUAGUACUACAGAAUUUUAAAAAAACAAAAUCACAUUCAAAAUUGCAUUCUCAUGUAAUUGAAAUAAAUUCUUCCCCUGUUGAGGAUCUGCAAAUUUAUAAACAACAAGUAACAAAUGAAAAAUGGAAUUCAAAUACUGAUAAAAUGUUUUUAAAAGAGAUUCAUGACGAAAGUGCUUUAUAUCUCUAUGAAAAUCAUACUUCAAAGGAAAGCAGUAAAACAACCAUUGCAUCUUCAAUGCUUUUGGGAAUUGAAAGUGAAGUUGAAACAACAGUAAUGGAGAAACUCAGCAGUAUAGCAUCACUGAAUCCAGAAAAUAGCAUCAAAGUUACAGAUAAUAAAGUUUCAUGGACACAAGAGAAAGAACUUGAUGAGGAAGAAAUAUUUUUAGCUAAACCAAAAGUUACUCGAACUUCGACAUAAUUAAAAUUAAAUAUUAAAAAUGUAAUAAAGAAAAAAAGAAUGAAUGUAUUCAUAUCAAUAAUUUUAUUUUAAACAACAAAUAACGUUUAAUUAAUAUUAAAUAUUUCAUAUAA